AUGGUUGAAUAUACUCCAGGAUGGCGGGACCCUAAUGAAAACACCAUGUCAACUCCAAUAUUCACCAACAACGACAACAACAACGACACUCUCAUCGCAGACACCACGACCAUCGCCCCAGCAGGAUUCUACUACCAUACCCAAGACGACGACGACAACGACUCCGCCCUAGGCGACGACAAAGCCAGCUCCACCACCUCCCUCAACGACAGCAUCUUCAACUACCAAUACGAAAAUGGGCGCCGCUACCACGCCUUUCGCGCCGGUUCCUACCCACUACCAAACGACGAACUAGAGCAAGACCGCAUGGACAUGCAACACCACAUUUACUUGUUGAUGUUCGGCGGCGAAUUAUAUCGUGCCCCCUUACCACCUAAAAUCAACAAAGCGUUGGAUAUCGGCUGCGGCACGGGACUGUGGGCAAUCGACUUCGCAGAUGCGCGACCAGAUACGCAGGUCAUCGCCACAGACCUGUCAUAUAUUCAACCAACCUGGGUGCCGCCGAAUCUGAGGUUCGAGAUUGACGACGCAGAAUCAGACUGGAGUUAUAAUCAGCUGUCGACCGACGACGGACAGAAAUUCGAUUAUAUUCACAUCAGGAGUAUGGCGGGCAGUAUAGCCGACUGGCCUCGACUUCUGUCUAGGGCAUACAACAACCUCGCCCCGGGAGGCUGGAUUGAGCUAACCGAAUUCGAGACCUGGGCAUCGACCGAUGACAACAGCCUACCAACCAACUCGGCCUAUCACGAAUACCAAGUAGCGCUAUGCGAAGCAGCGGCGUCGUUCGGUAAGGAAAUGAAUAUUGCGCCACACAUAUACCGUCUUGUAUGCGAUGCAGGGUUUGCGAAUGUGCGUGAAGAUGUGCAAAAAUGCCCCUUGUCUCCCUGGCCGAGGGAUAGACGUCUCAAGGAGCUGGCGAUGUAUAUGAAUCUGCAGAUGAUGGAGUCGAUUGAGCCGUAUGGAUUGGCGCUGUUUUCGAGGGUGCUCAAAUGGGAUACCCCCAGGAUAUAUACGCUGCUCGAUGGGGUGCGGAAGGAUUUGAGGAAUUUGAAUUAUCAUAUGUACUCGAGGGUGUAUGUCUCUCUCUCUCUCUCCCUCUUUGCUCUUGGAUAA